AUGACGGGAUCGAAAGUGAUCGAUAUCCACCGGAUAUUACAGAAAUCGAUAAAAGAUGAGUUCGAAAUCGUCUACCAGGAAACAAAAUCACUGACUACACCCGGUGAACACUACGGCUCCAUAAUGCUUGCAGUGGACGUUAAAAUAAAAUUUUCCAAAGACGGAAGUGAAAAAGUGCUGAACUUGGUGGCAAAACUUCAACCAGCCAAUGAGAUGUUGAGAGCGGCCUUCGAUGUUCAAACGACCUUCAAAAAGGAAGUGUUAUGCUACACCGUUAUGAUACCUGCACUUAUAGCUUUCCAAAAGGAGUUCAAAGUUCCAGAAGAGAGAAGUAUCUCGAAUCUGUUCCCGAAGUGUUAUGGCGCCAGAUUCAGCUUGGACGAAAACAGCAAUCAGGUGGACGAUGGGGCUGUUAUCAUUUUUGAAAAUUUGAAGCAGCAAGGAUAUUACACGGGUGACAGGUUGGUGGGGUUAGAUUUUGAAGCUGCACAGGUGAUUUUGAAGGACUUGGCCACGAUUCACGCUACGUCCAUAGCACUGAAAAAACUCAGACCCGAGGUCUUUGAGGAAAAAUUGAUGGCUUGCACAAUGACUGGAAGUGGGGUCAACGCAUUCCCUGAGCAAUUCGCUAGUGCGCUUAAAGAUAGUUUGAGUGAUGGUUCAAAAGAAAUUCCCGUUCUAGAACCAUACUUGGAGAAAAUUCAGAAAGUUAUCGACUCAUUUGGGAUUCCGAAACCUAUACCCAAUGAAACGUGGGGCACUAUAUGCCAUGCUGAUUUCUGGAUGAGUAAUACGAUGCUCUUGAAUUCCCCGAGUGGCAAGCCUACGAGCAGCAAAAUUGUUGACCUUCAGCUAGCUUCCUACGCUUCAGCUCUUACAGACUUGGUAUUCUUUUUAUUCACAAGUGUAAUAAAUUCUGUUCUCGAAAAGUCUUACGAGGAUCUACUGAAGGUUUAUCAUGAUUGUUUCACUGAAACUUUGAGAGACUAUGGUAUCGAUAUGAGCCCAUAUUCGUGGAAGUCAUUCGAGAAAGAAUUAGAAGUAGCAGGGCCUGUUGAAGUAUGUCACAUACUGAUGAUGUUGAAGCCCAUUUGUACUGAAAGAAAUACAAUUAAAAAUUCCUUCGAAGAUUUUGAGGAUUCUGAUUGGUACAGAAAAGAUUUGCUGGGACCAAAUCAUCGUAGAAAGUUGAAAGAUACAGUUCUAGCACUGAUACGGAGAAAUUGGUUUUGA